UGGGAAGGGCAGAAGGCGGUUUUUGCCAUCCUCCCAAGAGGCGGGACGACAGAGACCGGACCCUCAUUGGCUCUUCCUUCCGCCUCUCUUCCCUUUUCCCUGGCGUUGAUUGAGUCGCCCGUCCGUCGACCUCCUGUUUUUCCUCCCGUCCAUUGGCUCGUCGCUUGAAAGGAGGCGGGGCGGGGCGAGGAGGCUGCGCGCGGGGACGCGGCGGCGGGGAGGGAUACAUCUUGAAAUUAUUUUUUAUUUCUUUGUUUCCUAAGCGGGGGGCACAAAAAAAGCCGAGGGAGGGCGAGGAAAAAAAAAAAAAACCCGAAAGAGCCAAACGCGCCAUUCUACCCCCACCGCCACCCCUUCGCAACAAGAAAAAAAGCGCCUCGCCUUUCUCCGCGCGGGCAGCCCGGACGCGCUCGGAUGUUGUCGCUGUGACCCGGGCGGGGCAGGAGCCGAGAAGGCGGCCGGGCCGAGGCAAGCCGAGUGUGGAAGGAUGAAGCGCCGGAGCGCCGACUGCAGCAAACUCCGGCGGCCGCUGAAGCGGAACCGCAUCACCGAAGGCAUCUACGGCAGGUUCUUCUUUUUGACUCCUUCAGCUAUCCUGACUAAUGUUAUACCACAUUUCAAUAGUACCUUUCUGUACCUGAAAUUUCUUGUAGUCUGGGCCCUUGUCCUGCUGGCUGAUUUUGUGUUGGAGUUCAGAUUUGAAUAUCUUUGGCCAUUCUGGCUGUUCAUCAGGAGUGUUUAUGAUUCCUUCAGAUACCAGGGACUGGCCUUUUCAGUAUUUUUUGUUUGUGUAGCAUUCACGUCCAAUAUUAUAUGCCUGCUCUUCAUACCAAUACAGUGGCUGUUUUUUGCUGCCAGCACAUAUGUUUGGGUACAGUAUGUCUGGCACACAGAGAGGGGAGUGUGCUUACCAACAGUGUCGCUCUGGAUACUGUUUGUUUAUAUUGAAGCAGCAAUUAGAUUUAAAGAUCUCAAAAACUUUCAUGUAGACCUCUGUCGACCUUUUGCUGCGCACUGUAUUGGCUAUCCUGUUGUGACUUUGGGUUUUGGCUUCAAAAGUUAUGUCAGCUAUAAAAUGCGAUUAAGAAAACAAAAGGAGGUACAGAAAGAGAAUGAAUUUUACAUGCAACUUCUUCAGCAAGCUUUACCCCCAGAACAGCAGAUGCUACAAAGACAAGAGAAAGAAGCAGAGGAAGCAGCCAAAGGACUGUCAGAUAUGGAUUCCUCAAUACUUUUGCAGCACAAUGGGGGUAUUCCAGCCAAUAAAAAAUUAUCUACAAUGUUACCGGAACUGGAAUACAGAGAAAAGGGGAAAGAAAAAGACAAAGAUGCCAAAAAGCAUAACCUUGGAAUAAAUAACAAUAUUUUGCAACCUGUAGACUCUAAAAUACAGGAAAUUGAAUACAUGGAGAACCAUAUCAAUAGCAAAAGAUUAAAUAAUGAUCUUGUGGGAAGUACAGAAAACCUCUUAAAAGAGGACUCAUGCACUGCCUCUUCCAAAAACUACAAAAAUGCCAGCGGCGUUGUGAACUCCUCACCUCGCAGCCACAGUGCAACUAAUGGGAGCAUCCCUUCCUCAUCUGCUAAGAAUGAAAAAAAACAGAAGUGUGCUAGCAAGAGCCCGAGCACACACAAAGACUUAAUGGAAAACUGUAUUCCCAAUAACCAGCUAAGCAAACCCGAUGCACUGGUAAGGUUGGAGCAAGAUAUUAAGAAGUUAAAGGCUGACCUUCAGGCAAGCAGGCAAAUUGAACAAGAGCUGCGUAGUCAGAUUGGUUCUCUGACCAGCACAGAGCGGGGGAUUCGGUCUGAAAUUGGACAGCUCCGACAAGAAAACGAGCUGCUGCAGAAUAAACUGCAUAAUGCAGUACAGAUGAAACAAAAAGACAAGCAGACCAUUGGCCAGUUGGAGAAAAAGCUGAAAGCAGAGCAAGAGGCACGGACCUUUGUAGAAAAACAGCUGAUGGAAGAAAAAAAAAGGAAGAAGUUAGAAGAAGCAACGGCCGCACGGGCUGUUGCUUUUGCGGCUGCUACCAGAGGAGAAUGCACUGAAACGCUGCGAAAUCGCAUCAGAGACCUGGAGACAGAGUGCAAGAAGUUAACAAUUGACAUCAAGCUGAAAGAAGAUCAGAUACGAGAUCUAGAAAUGAAAGUUCAGGAACUGCGGAAAUACAAAGAGAAUGAAAAGGAUACAGAGGUGUUAAUGUCAGCACUUUCAGCCAUGCAGGAUAAAACACAGCACUUAGAAAACAGCUUGAGCGCAGAGACAAGGAUCAAGUUGGACCUCUUCUCUGCAUUAGGAGAUGCAAAAAGGCAACUUGAGAUUGCCCAAGGGCAAAUCAUUCAAAAAGAUCAGGAAAUCAAGGACCUAAAACAGAAGAUAGCAGAAGUUAUGGCAGUAAUGCCCAGCAUAACGUACACUCCGGCCACCAGCACGCUGAGCCCUGUUUCCCCCCAUUAUUCUUCCAAAUUCGUGGAGACCAGCCCUUCUGGACUUGACCCCAAUGCCUCAGUUUAUCAGCCCCUGAAGAAGUAAAUGCCAGUGUCCAGUUUGUCAUGCAGAAGGCAUCACACAGAAAAAUCUCUUGCAGUCAAGAUGGAAUUUGUAUUGUGUGAGACUGUACGGAUAUAUUGUUUAAGAAAAAUAAAUAAAAAGAAGGAAGUGGGGGGAGAGAACCCCAACAUCAAGGUUUGGCUAGAACUGCCCAUCAGUUUUUCUUCUAAAUUUUUAGAAAACCUCACAGAACUUUACAAUUUUUUUCUUGGCCAAUGCAUUAAGGGGAAAAAAAAUCACAAAUCUUAGUUUUCUUGUAGCAAAUUCUGCCUCUUAAAUCAAAAAUACUGUUGCAAGGUUUCCUCUUGAAAAGACAAAUAUAUAACUUGGAGCUUUGCUUGAUUCUUAAACCCUUUCUUUCAUAUUUCUUUACACAUAAUGAAGCCAAAAUGGCAAAUUGAGAGUUGUGAGGAAUGAUGAUGGAAAUUCUUUUGUGUGUGCGCACGCACAUGCGCAAGUACGUCUGUGUGUGUGUGUGUGUGUGUGUGUGUGUCAGAGAGAGAGAGCGGUUAAAUAAUCAAACAAAGUUUUGAUGCAUCAAGGUAUUAUUCCGGGGGUGGGGGCAGAAAAGGGUAUGUACAAGACUAAUUUGCUUACCCCUCUAAGGACCAAACAUAUUUAAGGGGGCAUCAGUUUUAAGAGAAGGAAGAAGUAAAGCAGAAUGGAGAAACAAAAACAUAAUGUUGGUUGCGUGAAGUGUUUAGAUUCCCAUUGGUGUGUGUUAGUCAUUUUGAAAAUUGCUACCAGUCUUGUUCAACAGUGCCUUGGGAAAAGACAUUUCAAGAGGAAACUUGGUAGUUCAAACAGUUUUCUCCUACCCUCCCAUCCCCCCUUGCUGUCAUCUAGCUUAAAACACCCAGGUUCGUUUUACAGAGUCUACUGCCGAAUUGGAUGCUGCCCAUUGCAACCCCAAGGUCACACCUCUGUGUUAUUGUGGUCUUUUUGGUAAAAAUCAAAAGUGUUCUGUAACUUGACUUGAUUUUAGGAUGUGCUGUAGAGGUCUCAGUAGUAACAGGGAGCAUUCUGGGGAAGGCGGAGUUGUGCAAUGUACUGUAUACAAGACACUGUCAGACUAGCUCAUAAAAGCUGCAGUUCUGGUUCGUACUUUUAAAAAAAAGUCAACUGCAAUUUCGCUUUACAUCAUCUUGUGUUUUGACAACUUAAUUUCAAUGGGGCUGACUAAAUCUCAGCAGUUGUGCCAAGGAUUUUUUUAAAGAGUUUUUAAAUAGAAACUCAUUAAGAUUGCACAAAGAUUUAAGUUGAAAUGUAUAUUGUACAUUGGUAGGAAAGUGUGUUGCACUGGCGACUUUUGAAGUGUUUAAGGUUUGGGCAUGGGUGGGAGGGUGCCAAUGGGAACAGGGAUACAAAACCGUAUUAGUAACUAGCAAAAUUAUAAAAUCAAACCAUUUAUGAUUUUGCAAAAACAUGCAGUGGACUCUGGAAGGACAAAGUUCUUCUUAAAAAACAUUUUUUUAAGGUUUCGUAUGAAUUGGCAGAUAUGCCUUGUUUAAAAAAAUUAAGUAGGACAAACAAGUCAAAAAAUAGGAGUAUUAAAGAUCCAUCAUUUUAAUCAGAGAUUCUUUUGAGAUAAAACUUCUAGCUUUAGCCAGGUGUGCAUGUUGCUGUCAUUUUGCAUUUUUGAAUCAUCUUGUAUAAUUGUCACCAUGGAAGUGUUACUCAGAAAUGUCAUAGGUUUUCAUCUUUGUGCAGAACAUGGAAUAUUGUCACUGACUUUGUGUUGAGGUUCCUCCCCCCCUUUUUUCUCCUUUUUUUUUCCUCCCCCCCCCUCCUUUUUGGGCUGCCUUUUGGGCACUACUUUUGUUGAAAUACUCAGUCUUGGCUGCAUUCUUUUUUUUUUCUGUGGGGUUUACAAAAAUAAACAUUUUCUUGCAGAUAGCUUUUUGCCAGUGGCUCAGAUUAUUGUGGUUCAUGUACAGAGGAUUUUUUAAAAAACAAAAACACCAACUUCUGUUUAUCUGCCAUUCAAGUAACAAAUAAGUUACACAGUUUAACUUUCUAACCUAUCAUUUGAGUUUUGCUGCUAAAUACAGCUUUGCAAAUGCAA